AUGAAUGGAACCGUCGUUGAUGCACCAACGAUCAUUUAUUAUGUAUUAUCACAUUUUAUUCAAGAAUAUUGUGAAUUGGUAUUGAAUGAAAUUAAUAAUACGACGACGACGAAGAGACAAGUCCUUUCAUUGGUGUCCACUCAAGAAGGAUCAUCAUCCUCUCUAUCAUCCACUCAAGAAGUAUCAUCAUCCUCUCUAUCACGACCACCAUUAUCCUCUCAAGAAUCACCAUCUCCACCACCACCACCCUAUGAAACCAUUCUCAAACAAACUGCAACAUUGGUCACUUUUGCAUUUAGCAAAUUAUUUAAUAAUCAACAAGAUUCCAUUCAGACUGAUCCAUCAAAUAAUAAUUUAGCAAUAUUGACAUCUUUUUAUGAAUCUCGAAUACCACCACCUCCACCUCUACCACUGAAUUCAAAUGUUGAAUUCAAUGAUCCAUAUGCCAAUGAUCGAAAAGUACAACAAAGUGCAACUUAUUUACUACAAGAAUUUAAACCCAAAGUAUUGAAAUUAUUACAAGAAUUAAUUAUACAUGAUGAUUAUUCAUUAAGAGAUUCAGCAUGUAUUUCAUUAUGUAGUUAUAUUGCAGAUAUGAAUUUAGUAGACAUGAUGAAUUUGGAUGAUGAAUCAGAUUUCAUUCUCAAUAUUAUUCAUGCAUGUGAAAAACAUGUUGAGAAUUUUGUAAGAUAUUCCAUGUUGAUUAGUGCCAUUACAGACAAGUUACAAUUUGCAAUAUCUUCAUGUGCAUCCAUUGAAAUGAAUCACAUAGAAACUCGAUGGAAUAACAUGUCCAUACAAGAAGAAGAACCUGGAUGGAAUACUAGAUCAAUACAGCAAGAAAGUACUAGGACCAAGACUCGUACUUCACUCUCUACUCUUCUCUCUAACAAGUAUUCUCCUCAUUUCAAUCGAUUAUUUAAACAUUUAUUUGAAAAGAUUUGUGUGAAUAGACUUGAAAAGAAACAACAUGCAUUAGAAGAAGAAAAGAAACAUUCUCAAUUUGUUGUGUGUUUAUUUGAUGCAUUUUAUGAUUCUCUUGAUUUUAUGAAAUAUGAUACCAAUGUUGAAUUGAUUGAAACAUUUUUAUUAUAUGCUAGAGAGAAUAUUUUAAAAUUGAUUCAUGAAAAUAGUAAGGAUGAUGAUGACAAUGAUGAUGACAAUCAUUCAUCCAAACAAUUAUUGAAUCAUUCGAAUUCUACUUCUUCUUCAACAACCACAACAACAACAACAACAUUCACAACCACAACAACAACAACCUCACUCAAAACCUAUUCUUCCAGUGAUGAGAUAUCAGCCUUUUCAACUUGUAUUAAUGCUAUUAUUAGAAAUACGGAUCGACCUGUCUUGUUGAAACUCUUUGAAAAACAUGACAUGUUCAUUUUUUUAACACAAUUAUUGAGAAUGUGUUCCAAUCAUUCUAAUUUGAGAAUUAGAGAUUGUGCUGUUCAUACCAUUGGAAAUAUGAGUAAUGCAGAUUUAUUUGAUUUGUGUCCAUUUGAUGUUCAACCCUAUCAUAAUGAUGAGACUGCUGAGCAUAGAGAAGUGGGUUUGGAGAAGAGUAGUAGUCAUGGUCAUGAUUCUAAUGAUUCAAUUCAUCAUUCCAAGUCUCAUCAUCUUGAUAAAAUAUCCAAUGACCAUCUCAUCAUUAUACCACAAGAUUCAUCUCUUCAUCAUGAUUUAUUAUAUGAUUUUGUAUUACCUCUAUUGGAACGAGAGUCUAUGGUGAGUCCAAGUUUCUAUCAAGAAGCAACACUUGAAGAUGAUGCUACUCUAAAAAAGAAGAUUAUUGUUUAUCAUAAUGCAGUAUGGUCAUUGGGAAGAGUGAUUUUAAAUAUUCAGAGAAAGAAAAAGUCUGAAACCAAUGUUGGUAUCAAUCAUCCAAUGAGUCAUCCUACAAGUGAUCAUCAUCAUCCUCAAACUUGUCAUCCUACAAGUGAUCAUCAUCAAAUGAGUCAUGCAAGUGAUAAUAAUCAUCCUCUAGUUGCAACCAAGAUGACAAGUAAUCACACCACCACCAAUACUACUUGUAUGAAUUCUAAAUUUAAUCAAUUUUUAGAAAGAAUUUCACCUAAACUCAUGAAUAUUAUUCGAUUAUUUGCUAAUAGAGAUUUCUUUACUACUGAAGAUGUGAUUGAAGAUAUUACAGGUUAUCUCUCUAAUGUGUGUAUUACCAUUUCAUACAUUUCAUUUUCAAGAAUUGAUUUCAUUGCACCCUAUUUCCCACUCUUUGGAGAUUCAUUCAUUGAACAUGUUCAAGCAGAUUCGAGUGAAGAUUUAGAUGAAGAAAAGAUGGCCAUGUGUGUAGCAAUAUUUAGAAUGACUGAAUAUUGGUUGAAUCAAGUCAUGAUGGAUGAUGAGGAUGAGAAUAGUAUGAACCAUAACAACAACAAUAACAACCAUACCACCACCAUGAGGAUGAUGGAUGAUGCUCAUACAGGUGGUGUUCAUACUGCUGCUGCUGCUGCUAGUGAAGAAGACUUCUUCUCAUCCACUGCCACCACUACCACCAUGAUUGAAGAUGGAGAGUUUGAUUUUGAAACUAUUUAUUAUUAG